AUGAUGAUGGCCAUGAUUUUCUUUAUUACAUUAUUAAAUUUUAAGCUUAUUUUACUAUGUUUUGCUUCUCGUACUAUCCCUCUAUCGGAACGUUUAGCCGACUCUCGUCCCAAUAUUGUAUUGAUAAUGGCCGAUGAUAUGGGUUGGGGUGACGUGGGUGCAAAUUGGCCUAAUACACGUGAUACUCCAUUUCUUGAUUAUUUAGCUUCGAUAAGUAUGCGUUUACCAGAUUAUCAUAGUGGAGCAUCAGUUUGUAGUGUUAGUCGAGCAGCUCUAUUAACCGGACGAUUAACUCCACGUACUGGUGUAUGGCAAAAUUUUGCAUCAACUGCUCUUGGAGGAUUACCUACUAAUGAAACGAUCAUUUCAGAACUUUUAAAAACAGUUGGUUAUGCAACUGCAAUACAUGGUAAAUG